AUGCAUCAUAAAUCUUUAUUGAACAAUAUCCUUGCAUAUGCUAACUUUGAGGACUAAGCUCUUACAAAUUUAGCUUUAAAAAACUCCUUUUUAGUAGAUGCUUGGUAUACUUAGGAUGAAGUGUAUAUGAGUAACUUAGAUCAUCAAAAGAAAAUAGUUGUUAAAAACUAUACAUAAGUAAGUCCCAUCAUAAGAUCUAUUGGGUAUCAAAGCAGAGUCUACCUUGCGGAUUAGGAAUUUGAAGCAAUUCCUUAUAAGGCAAUUUUUUAAGCGUAUGGUGAUGGGUUUUUUUUUUCUACUUUCUCUAAUACGACACUAUCUAAUGUGAUUGAUAAAUAAAGUAUAAAUGCAAAACAUUAAUAUGAUCCUAGAACUAGGUUUUGGUAUUAAAAUAGCCUUAAUUAAACUUCAUUUUACAUGAAUUCGCCUAAUUUAUCAUUUGGAAGCCAUGAACCAUAUUUAUCAUAGUUUGGAUGCUAGAAAUCAUUAUAUUUAAAUCCAUAAACUAAAAAAGUAGAAAUCCAUCAUAUCUAAUGCUUAGAUGCUAUGCUUUCUAAUUUGUCAAACUAUUUCUAAAAUGUUAUCGAAUCAUCAGAAGAGUAUUAUGUAAUUGACCCAAGGACGCUUUAAAUAGUUUAUAACUCUAUGGAUGAGUACAAUUUUUCUUCAAUUACAUAAAUAGAUAAUUUUUAUAACGUUGAGCUUCAAUUUUUGGAGGACUAAUAGUAAUCAUAGUAUUUUCAAAAUUUGAUCAGCAAUAACUACAAUAAAUGGAUUUUUAAUACCUCAAAUAACACUAAAACCACUUUAAAAUAAAUGAUGAAUUAGAGCUAAUAUUAAGUGAUUUUUGAUUACAAGAGGAAUUAGUCAGUUUACAAAGUAAUUAUUAGUCCCAUCAUUGGAUAUGAUGAUAUCCCCUAGCACAUAACUCGCUACUUAGAAAAUGAAGGUCAAUAACUUGAAUAUGUUUAUUUAUAAAUUAGCAUGAUUUCAGAUGAAAAUUUAAGAGCAGAAACUAAAUAAUUAAUUUAACUGUCUACCAUUAUCUUAAUUAUAUCUUCUAUUUGUAUUUCAAUCCUUGGUUUGUUGUUAUUUUAUGCAAUAUUUUAAUACUUACUUCUUGUCAAAAAUUAGGUUAAAUAGCCUAUUGAUAAAUUAACUUAGAUACUGUAAAGGAUUAACUUGCUUUAAAAGCUAUGUGAUAUAAAUGAAAUUAUUGUUGAAUUUUAAUAAAAUGCUGAUGAAAUAUUUCUUUCGAAAGAAACUAGGAUGCUUUAUAAUAGUUUUUAUGAUCUAUUUUAAUAGCUUUAAUAUUUGAGUGAGCAUUUUUUCAUAGAAAACGAAGGAAAAACACUAAUUGAUCUCAAUAAAAAAGUUAACUUUUUUAAAAAAUUUAAUAAUUAAUAUGCACUAGGAAUAGCACAUAAUAAUAUUGGAUGUAUUUUGUUAAAUCAGAAACACUACUUUCAGUCUAUGGAGCAUUUUUAAUCUUCAAUUAUCUGUGCUAAGUAUGAAAUUUAAGAGUUUUGUGCUAAAACAGAAAAUAUUAAAUUCCUAAAUAUUAUGCAGCCAUAUUCUUUUAGCGACUAAAAUAUAAAUAAGAAUAUGCCAAAUUUAAAUAGAUAAACAUUUUCAUUUGAACAUCAAAAUAAAACAAAAGAUAAAUGUAUUAAUAUAUCAAAUACCAAUCAGUUAAGCCAAUUUAAUAUCAUAUAAAUAAAUUAAAGUAAAUUAAAAUAGCCAAAAAAAAAUUCUCGUAUCGGCUUAACUGAGUCCUCAAUUUUAAAUAAUAAUAAUUAAAAAAAUAAAUCUGGUAAUGGCACUUUUACUAAAAAUAUAAUUUAAUUAGAACAUCUUAACAAAGAAGAUGAGUAAUAUCAAGAAUUGUAAGAACUUAUUUCAAAUUUGAUAUUUAGAAAAAUAAAUUAUAUUUUCGCUUUGAUUGUUUAAUAAUAAGACUUGAGUAAUGAUUAAUAACAGAAAUUCCUUUAUAAUUUCUGGUAAGAAAUUAAACAAUUAACAAAAGAAUUACUACCGCUAUAUUCUAUGUUACCAUGCUAAGAAAAUAUAAAAGCAAUUUGUGAAUGUAUAUUGUCUAAAUGCUAUUAUAAUAUGAAUAAGUUUAAAAAGGCUUAUUAAAGAAUUUAACAAUCUAAAAAAAUAGUUAAAAAUUAGCAUGAGCAAUUCCAAAAAAAAAUAAUUGAAUGCAGUACUCCAAAAAAAAAAAUUACAAAAGAACGAAUUUUUGAAAAGACAGGUCUCAAAUAUAGCAAUUUUGGAAAUUACGACGUUAUUGAUUCUCCUAAAAAAUAUGUAAAUUCUCCUAAGUUUUUCAAUAAUGAAAGCAAUAAUAUUACAAUAAUGUCAUAGCAAAUGAUUUUAGAAUAUUCUCAAAAUAUUUUUAAUUCAAAAAACUAAUCAUAAAAAAAAUCGAGUAUUCUUUAAAGUAAGAAAUUUAAGAAAUAAGAUUAAUCAAAUCAAUUCAAUUAUAGAGGAAAAGGGAUUUCUAGUCAAAUCAAUGAACUCUCACUUUUAAAUGUGCCUACGAAUAAUUUAUAUGAAUUUAUAUAGUUUAAUUAUGCAGAAUAUCUAAUAUUUACAAAGUAAUAUAAAAAGGCUGCUUAUAUUCUAACAUCUAUUCUCGAAAAAAGCAAAUGCUUAAUGUCAAAUAUGCCCUACAGAAUUAUUUUUAAAUUAUAGUAAAUAUUUGAUUAAUUUAAGAUCCAAGAUAAAUCUUUCAAAGAGCAAUAACAAAGAUUUAAUAAAAAUAAAAAUAUUAAAAUAGUGAUUUCAUUUGAGAUUAACCAACCAUAGCAAGAUAUACUUUAAAUAUCAUUAAAUAAAUAAAAUAAUUAUUAUUAUCAAGAAAAUGAUAAUUAAAAUUUUUCCUUUGAUCAACUAAAACUAUUUAAACAAAUUAUUGAAGAAGCUUUAGUGAAAAAAGAUGAUAGUGUGUCUAUUUCUUUAAAUGAUUUAUAAAGGAACUCUGUCUAAUAAUAUAUGCCAUUAAUAAAAACUAGUUAGCUUAAAUUUUAAAAAUAAUAAAUUGAAAAUGAUUUAAAUAAAAUUUUUAUUUAGAAUGAAUCAUUUGAUUUAAAUCAAAACUAGUAACUUCAACAUUAUAAAUUGAGUUUUAGAUCAAAUUCAUAAAUAACUAAUAUUUAAAUGCAAAUGAAUUCUUUAGAGUUAUUCGAAUCAGACUUAAGUGCCGAGUUUACUGGUUAGUAAAAUAAUUUAUAAGAAAAUCCAAAACGAAAUAAAACUAAAUACUUUGAAAGCUUUUAUUUCAUUAAAUAGAAAAAUUAACUUUUUUCUUCAAAUGAAAAACAUAAAUUUUAUUCUUCUGUUGGUAUUUAUGAAGAAAAUUAGCAAAAAAAUAUUGAUAAGAAUCCUGAAAUAAUUAAUUAGUUAAAUUAACAUAUUGAAUCUUAAUAAAUUAAAACACAAUAGAAUUCUCAAAUAUAGUGUAAUAAUAACCCAAUUAAAAAUUUUUUAAGCCAAUAAGAUAUUAAAUUCUAGCUUAAAAAUAUAUUUGACUUAGAAAACAAUAGUGAGAAUAAUUAAAUGAUCCAAGAUAAUCACAGAGAUAGUAGCAUAAAUGAAAAAGAGCAGAAUUAAUAUUUCAAUUAAAAAAAUUAAACUUUUCAUUAUUUUAUGAGAUAAGCUCUGAGCUAACUCAUAUCUGAAUAAAUAGGAUACAAAUUAGUUGAAAGAAAAUUUCGUUCCUCUAAAAAAAAUAAUUAUUUUUAAUAACAAGAUGAAAGAGGAAGCAACUUUAUUGAGGAAUGUGCAAACGAAACAUUUAUAUGGAAUGAUUAAGAAUUAAUCAAAGUAUUUUAUUCUGCAGAAAAAAUAGUUUAAUACUUAGUUUACAAAAGAGAUUAAUUUGAUAGAUAAGCUUAUUUUUCUUUUAUAUAGCAUUUUUGA